GGUGCGCGCGGGGCGGGGCGGGCGGCGGCGGUCUGGCUCGUGCCGCUGCGGCGCCUUUAAGGCGCCGCGCAGGUGGCGCUGACAUCACGGGGCGCGCGGCGCCGCCGCCGCUGCUGCCGCCGCCGGGCGGGGCCGCAAGGUGAGCGCGGGCGGGGCCGGGCCCGGUGCCGCUCGCUCGGGUCUCCCGGCGAUGGAGCCGGCCCGGCGCGGCAGCGCGGACCAGGGCUCGGCCGCCGCCUCGGGGCACCGGCCCGGCCCUCCGCGGGGCCCCGCGUCCGCCGCCUCCCCCGCGCGGCCGGUGCCCUUCGGCGCCGGGGGUCCGGCCCGGCCCCAGCCCGACGGUGGGGCCCCGGCGGCGCCUUUCCUCGCCGGCGGUGGCGGCGUCCCGGGCGCCCGCAGGAGCUCCCGGCCGGACGCCGCCUGCGACCCCUUCCCCUACGGCUGCCCGCGGCCCGGGGGCGCGCAGCGCGGCGGGCCCGAGGAGCGGGCCCCGGGCCGGGCUGCCCAGCCCCUGCCGCUGGAGGUCGGCCGGGCCGGGGCUGAGGGGGCCGGAGGGCCCCACGCCUUCCCGCUGCCGGCCCUGCUGCCCCCCAGCCCGGGCGCCCCCGCGGCCCGCCCCGCCGUGCCGUCCCCGGCGGCGUCCGGCCCGGCGGCGGGCCGGCCCGCCUUCCCCGAGCUCGGUCCCCUCGAGCACGCCGCCCCCGGGAAGCCGCUGCCCGCCGAGCGGAGGGAGAUGCUCCCCAAGGCGGAGUCCAGCGACCACAUCUCGGCCUGGGCGGGCUCCUCGCCCAGGGCCGCCGGCCUGCCCAAAGCCGUCUCCAGCGAGUUCAUCGCCGGCGGGCGGGUGGGCCUGUCCAAGCCCGCAGCCCUCCCCAAACCGGAGCCGGACGAGCUCUCCCUCUUCGGGAGGUCCCUCGGCCUGCCGGGCUCCGGCGACUCCUGCGACGCGCUCCUCGGCUGCUCGGGAAGGGUCCCGGAGGACGGCUCGUUCCGCAUCACAGUGGUCACCUGGAACGUGGGCACAGCCAUGCCCCCGAAUGACGUGACAUCCCUGCUGCACCUCAACACGGGCGAGACAAAUGAUGUGGACGUGAUCGCCAUUGGGCUGCAAGAGGUGAACUCUAAGAUAAACAAGCGCCUGAAGGAUGCCCUCUUCACAGAUCAGUGGAGCGAGCUCUUCAUGGAUGUGCUGAGCCCCUUCCACUUUGUCCUGAUCAGCACAGUGCGGAUGCAAGGUGUGAUCCUACUGGUGUUUGCCAAGUACUACCACCUCCCCUUCCUGCAGGACAUCCAGACAGACUGCACAAGGACGGGACUGGGAGGCUACUGGGGCAACAAGGGUGGGGUGAGCGUUCGUCUCUCCAUCUUCGGCCACAUGGUCUGCUUCCUGAACUGCCACCUGCCAGCGCACCUGGAGAAGGCGGAGCAGCGCAAGGAGGACUUUGCCACUAUACUGCACAUGCAGCAGUUUGAGGGGCGUGCGGCCAGCGGCAUCCUGGACCAUGACCUUGUGUUCUGGUUUGGGGACCUCAACUUCCGCAUCGAGAGCCUCGAUAUCCGCUUUGUGAAGUACGCCAUCGACAGCAAUAUCCUGAGCCAGCUCUGGGAGAAGGACCAGCUGAACAUUGCCAAGACCACCUGGCCUGUCCUCAGCGGCUUUCAGGAGGGACCCCUGAACUUCCCACCCACCUUCAAGUUCGAUGUGGGCACCAAUAAGUACGACAGCAGUGCCAAGAAGCGAAAACCUGCCUGGACUGACCGGAUCCUCUGGAAGAUUAAAUCUCCCAGUGUUGGGCUUGGUGCAGGCGGGCGCCGGCCCAGUCGGGGCGUCCUGUCGGUGAGCCAGCUCUGCUACUGCAGCCACAUGGAGUACACCGUCAGCGACCACAAGCCGGUCGCUGCCAUCUUUGCAGUGCAGUUUGCUUCCAAGGCAGACAAGCCCCCAGUUGAGAUUUAUGUGGCUGAUGAAUGGAGCAGGCCUGAGCAAGCAGUUGUCAGGUACAAGAUGUCGGCUGGCUUCCACCGGAGCUCCUGGGACUGGAUAGGACUCUACCGGGUGGGCUUUCGGCAUCCUAAAGACUACGUGUCCUAUGUCUGGGCCAGGAGUGAUGAUGGAGAGCGCUGCCUAGACAAGCAACUGUGUGCGCAGGUGGUGUUCUCAGAGGAGGCACUGCCCAAGGGGAAGGGCGAGUACAUUCUCGGAUACUACAGCAACACCUCCAGCAGCAUCGCUGGUGUGACUGAGCCCUUCCAGAUCUCCCUGCCCAGGUCAGAGGAGGGCAGCAGCCCCACGGACAGCUCGGGCAGCAGCUCAGAAGAGGAGGAUGACAGCACACUUGUCCUGUUGGCCCCCAAAUCCCGUAGCCCCAGCCCAGGCAAGAUGAAACGGCACCGGAGCCGAAGCCCCAGCCUGGCCAAGUUCCAGGGCCUCAUCCUGCGGCCGUCAAGCCGGGACAGGGGUACGAGCCGCAGCCCCUCACCCCAGAGCCGCCGUGGCCUCCCCGGGGACAUCCCCACCAUCCACCUGCCCCAGGAGGAGCUGGGGCGCCGUGGAGCCAAAGCCAAGGAGCCAGGGCGGGCAGCCGACAGCCAGGAGGGCAGCUCCUUCUACCAGACUGUGCGGGAGCAGGGCGGCCCCCGGCGCGUCUCUGCCGACAACCCCCUGGCCAGGGCUGACCCCAGGAACCUGGGCCUGCUGCCUGCGCUCCGCUUGGAGAUGAUCGACCAGGCCAUGGGCCGGCGGAGGGAGAGCACGGACCAGGGCUACCCCUGCCGGAGGAUGAGCCCCACCAGCCCCCCGGGCUGCAGCACCUCCCCAAAGGAGGGGAGCAGCCCCCAGGAGCUGGACAGCCAUAGCUGUGCCAUGGGCCGCUGAUGCAGUGGCCCCCUCCCUACUCCCCCUAGCGCGCUUGCUGUGUGCUUUCCUCUGCCACUUUCCUGCUGAGACACCCCUCUCCCUUAUUUAUUGCAGUGACUCCUCACCUCCCUCGUGUGCCGGCAGGUAGGGGCCUCCCCUUGCUCCCUCCAGCCCGAGCUGCUGUCCUGGGCCUGGUAGGGCUGGGGGGGGGGGGCACAGGGGAGGGCAAGGCUGGUCUAGUGUGGUGGGGGAGCCCCUUGUGAAAUUCAAAGUGCAAGACCCUUCGCUCCUAUGGGUGGAGUGUUGGCCUCGCACCUGAGGUGGGACAGGAGGCCAGGGCAGGGCUCUGGCAGCAAUCGCGUUGGGCACAAAGCGAGGACCACCCCAGGGUACCCCUGAGAUUGAAGCUUGCUCCUUCCCUGCUGCUACCACCGUGCCUCAGCCUUGGACGUACGUAGUGCAAGCGACAAAAUAAACCAUCCUGCCCACCCCA